AGCCCCUUCUUAGGCCCUUGGCGUUUUUGCUCUCAAUGCAAAUCUUGAGGUUUUGAGACUCUGAAACAUAUAAUCGAUCAACCAUCGAAGGCCUGAACAGAUGUUCCCACGUCUAUGGAGCAGUAAGAGCUGGAUGAACUUUCUCACGCUCAGGCUUCUGAGAAUCCCGGAGCCGAAGCUUAUUUUACACAAUCUCGGCCACUCUCUGGCUACGGAUUACGCAAUUCUAGAUCCCCAUUUAAAUUCUCAGACUCUAUCAAAGACGGCAUGUGUAGAUUUCAGCCAAGAGGCAGCCAAGAUCUUAGCAACCCAGUUGGCGAAUUGCAGCACAUUGUCAGAAUUGAAUCAAAUAUAUGCUCGUAUGAUCAGAACCCACAUGCUAGAACUGCAUUCUGCAUCGUUUUAUUGGAACAACAUCAUGAGGUCAUAUACUAAGCUAGAGGCAGCUUCAAUGGCGCUCCACGUAUACGUUGCAAUGACUCGUGAUGGUAUCAUGCCCGAUUCUUACACCCUUCCCAUUGUCUUAAAGGCAGCGUGCCGAAUUUUUGAUACGCAGUUGGGUCGGCAACUUCAUUGCCUUGCGAUAAGGAUCGGCCUUGAGACUAAUGAAUUUUGUGAGAGUGGUAUUAUCAGUUUGUACUGUAAAGUGGGUGAAUUUGAGAAUGCGUAUAAGAUGUUUGAUGAAAAUUGCAAUAGGAAGCUGGGUUCUUGGAAUGCCAUAACUGGAGGCUUGUCACAAGCUGGUCGCGCUAAGGAAGCGAUUUCCAUGUUUUUGGAGCUGAGGAAAAGUGGGUUCAAGCCUGAUGAUGUGACAAUAGUUACCGUGACUUCAGCUUGUGGAAGUCUAGGAGACUUGGAUUUAGCUUACCAGUUACACAAGUGCGCAUUCCAAGCCAGGAGUUUAGAAAAAUCUGAUCUUCUUAUGUUGAACUCGCUUAUUGACAUGUAUGGAAAAUGUGGUCGGAUGGACUUGGCAUAUAGAGUAUUUUCAAGGAUCGAGCAGCGGAAUGUUUCUUCAUGGACAUCCAUGAUUGUGGGUUAUGCGAUGCAUGGUCAUGUGAAUGAAGCUCUUGAGUGCUUCCAUUACAUGAGAGAAGCGGGCGUGAGGCCAAACAAUGUGACUUUUGUUGGGGUCUUAAGUGCAUGUGUGCAUGGUGGCAAAGUGCAAGAGGGAAAAUAUUACUUCAACCUGAUGAAGAAAGAGUAUGGGAUCAUGCCCCACUUACAGCAUUAUGGGUGCAUGGCGGAUUUGCUUGGCCGUGCUGGUUUGCUUGAGGAGGCCAUAGAGAUGGUGGAGGACAUGCCUAUGGAACCAAAUGUUAUAAUUUGGGGAUCUUUGAUGGGUGCCUGCGAGAAAUAUGGGAAUAUCAAGAUUGGGGAGUGGGUAUGUAAGCAUCUGGAAGAACUAGAACCUUGGAAUGAUGGGGCCUAUGUGGUUCUGUCGAAUAUAUAUGCCAGCAAUGGUUUGUGGGUAGAGGUAGAGAGGAUGCGUGGCAUUAUGAAGGAGAAAAGACUUGCUAAAGUUGCUGCUUAUAGUUUGCCUACAAGUUCAUCUUGAAUUAACAAGGGGUGAAGUUGAUGGCGGAUGAAGAAGAUGGUGCACAAGAGGAAGGAGAAGAAGAAAGCUUACGAACAAUCAGAGAGAGAACAGAAGAUAAAUUGGGGAAGGAGAAAGCAGAAGAAGUUGAAGAUAGAGAAGAUUGCGGAGAGGGAGACCACCGAGAGGAGAUGGAGAGAAUUAAAUCCAAUCCCAAGGACUUUGUGCCGCAACAAUUUGAUUUGAGCUAGAAAGGAUGUGGGCGUGCUUCCCUUUUGAGCUGCUGCUCUUCCACCAUUUGAUCAUGGGGAAAAUGAGGUAUUAUUCAGAGUCUAAACAAUUUUCAGUUUUGUGUGGCAGCUGCAAAGCUUAUUUGAUCCGGUCUGGCCUGCCCUGGCAGAAUAGAAUCAUAAAGUGAGCUGAGCUCCUCUGUCUUCUGCAGCUCCUCUGGAUUUCCAACAAAUGACAACCGUUUCAAAACCUUCUUCUUCAGAGGUCUUGACACAAUUUGCCAGGCCUCCUGUGGGGUUUGAUGCUGAAGCACAGGAUCGAUAUAGCCCACUUACUCGAUGCGCUUUCAAGGCGGCACCCCGUUUCUACUGCUUGCUUUUGCUUGAGGAUGCUGAAGAAGUCUCCAAGAGAGCCUAUAUUUGUUCUUCUGUGCAUUCCCAUUGGCUUGGCAUUACCCUGACCCUCCUAACAUUGACAGAUAUAGAUUAAGGGUGAAAGAUUUGAUGCACUUCAGCCUGUGCUGCACUUAAUUCUUAGUUAUAGACCGACAUGCUGUUGGUGAGGGUGAACACUGACUGCAUCAGUAAAGUUUCUCUUUUGUGAGGGGAAAGCUGCCCUUUUAGAUGGGUGACACACAAGAUGAACUCUACCCAAAAAGCCCUCUUUUGUGGCACUUUGGGAAAAGCACAUUCUGUGAGAAGUGUGGGAAUGGUUAUAGCUUAAAUUACAAAGAAAUAAAGAUGAAAAAUGUUUUCAAUACGAAAUGGAAAUAGAAAAAUUAGUGUUUUUCUAAUAAAAAAUAAAUGUCAAUAGUUCUAAAAUGGAAAACGUUUCCUGUUUUAGAAAUGAUUUGAAAAUGCUAAAAUAACGCCUCUCAACCGUUUUCGUGCUUCAUUGGUUAUAGUCAUAGGGCUUUGGUUCAACUUCAAUUUUCUAUGUAUAGGAGAAAACCAUUUUAUGUGGAUGGCAGUGCUUAUAAAUCA